AUGUCACUGUUUCAAAAUAGUGGAAACGAUAAAAAAAAUUGUAAAAAGUCGUUAAGUAGUUUUACCACCUCCUGUGAACCAUCCAAAAAUACUGAAUAUUGUGAAUCUUUUUAUCCAAAUCAAAGAAGAAGUGUAACAUUUUCUCCUUGUCAACAAAAAGAUUCUAAUUCAUCUACAAAUAUUAAUUCAAAUAAUUUACAAAUUGAAAAUAAUUUACCACAAUCAGAAAAUUGUAACUUAAUUUGUAAUCCUAUCUCAACAAACAAUCAGACGCAAAAAACUGGGAAAAGUACAUUUUAUAAAAACUUCAAUCCAUUUCAUAAAACACCAAUUUCUAAAAAUUUAUUUAACAACGAUGAUGAACGAUUGCCUUUGAAAGCAACAGAAGUUAUCAAUCAACCAUCAGCAAUUGAUCGUCAUCAAGAUUUGUCAACGACAACUAACAAUAACAAUAUCUCAGAAAUAAAUAGUAAAAAAUUGUCAAAUCAAGAAUCAAAUAAUUCUAAAUUUACAAAUUUUUUUUUAAAUAGAAAACAUUCACCUUUACGUCCAUUAAUUAAACCAAUUGAUAAUAUAGAAAAACUUGGUCCAAAACAACCAUCAUCUACUGCUUUAUUACCAAAAGUUUUUGGAAUUAGGCAUUCUCUUGCAGGUGGUUCUAUAUAUUAA